CAGUGAGCACAGCACUCCAGGCCAAUCUGGGGUGCACAGUUGAGAUGAUCAAUCAAAAUGUCCUAUCUGCAAGUGAAGGUAUCGAGAGGAUGCGGACGCGUGAUGAUCUGGAUCACGUCAUUGUUCUGUAUGAUUUUGCUCGACAGGAGCAAACAGAGGGUUCGGGAGGCUGUCCCCGUGCUGAAGUCCUAAGAUCUUUUCAGUGCCUUUCCAUAUUUAAGCACCUCACACAAAGUGAUCAUCCUCCAACACUUUGGAUCUUUACACGCGGAUCAUCUUCAGUGCUGGAGCAGGACACCGUGAGCCCACUCCUGGCAGGUACAUCGUCUCUCUGCUUGUCCAUAUCACAAGAACACCCGCAGUUCAAGGUGAAGGCAGUUGACCUGACACCACAACAAAACUUCGUCGAUGCAGCUGUAGAAGUUUUGUCCGUCAUGAAAGCAAACCCUAGGGAAAAUGAAAUUGCAGCUCGUAUGGUAAGCUCCCCAGACGAUCAGCAUGUUAACCUGUACGCUCGGAGACUGACCCCGAUGAAGCCCGACCAGAUUCUCACAUCCUGCUCUCCCAACGAGUCAUGGGCUUUUGACUCCAAACAAAGGCAAAAUGGAAAGAAGCUCUACAAAGCUCAUUCCAGUCCAAGCACACGAACGAGAAAUGAAGCUACAGUUAAGGUUGCGGCCUUUGCUGUGUGCCCCUUUACUGACGUGAUGGGGAGCUCUGAUGGACCUGCCCCCGAUAUUCACCUCAUCUGUGGUACCGUGCAUCACCCACCCACAGAUAUGAUGGUACAGGAAGGUUCCAGGGUGAUGGGAGUCGUCGUGGGCUGCAUCGGUCCUCACAUGAACAUACAAAUGAGAAAUCUAGUGCCCUUGCCGGAUGCCCUCUCCUGGAGCGAUGCUGUUGCACUAGUCAAAGACUUCAUGCCAGCAUUCUCUUUCUUCCAGAAGAUUCAGACAGUGUGUAAAGAAGAUAGAGCGGUUGUUUUCCUACCUGAUGAGGAUAACAAAGAGGCAGUGUCUUAUGCUACCCUGGCACUACAGCAGCAGGCCGAAGUCUGUGUUGUAGCAGAUACAGUUCAAAACGUAAACAUCAAAAAACAUCUUGUCUGCUCAACAGAACCCCGCCCAUCUACAUCGACAGCAGUGAUCACUACAUAUGACAAGCUUGACCAAGACAUACCCGACAAGCACGCAAGUGUUGUGUUCUUACCUAAAGGGGAAAGGGCAGGAGAUGUCCUCCAACAAGCUACGAGGAAGCUACAAGACUAUGGAACUUUAGUCAAUCUGGGCGGCUCGACAAUCCUGAUGGACCAACUUCCAAAGAACAUCAAAUACAUCACUGUGGAUCCUAUCGAUAGUUCCCAAGGAGAAUCUUCACUUGUCUGCAUCGCGGACAACAUUCAACAGCUUUUAUCAAAAUUUGAUAGGUCAGACAACUCGCUUUCCACGCUCAAACCAUCUGUACAGACCAGCAUGGAGCUGUCCUCUCUGUCCCACAUAUUGCACCAACAACAGAAAGGAUUGAAGAUGCCCGACAUAGUGACUGUCGAUGACAGGGAAGUGCAGCUGGGUCUGGACAUCAAACAGAACCAGUUUAAGGCUGUCGACAAAGCUACAUACGUCGUCACGGGAGGUCUGAAAGGCUUUGGUCUCGCCCUACUGGAAUGGCUGGUUAAGUGUGGGGCAAGCCAUCUGGUCGUACUUGCAAGAAGUGAACCGAAUGAAGAGGCCAGAAUAAAGCUAGAAGCAUUGUCAUCAAGGUCGGUCGAUGUCAGGGUGAUGAAAGUGGAUGUUACAGACAAGAAAGCUGUGGAGGAAGCGCUGACUUGGGCACGUGACACAAUGCCACCAAUAGAGGGGAUCUUCCACUGUGCAGCAGUGUAUGCAGACAAAUUGAUGGAUCAGACUGCACAAGAGGACUGGGAAAGAGUCAUGCUUCCAAAGGCAGUUGGUGCUAUAAUCUUGCAUGAUGCCACGAAAAAUCUACAGAUGAGGAUUAGACACUUUGUCCUCAUCUCCUCAGUCGUUGCUCUGUUUGGUAACACGGGACAGGUCGGCUACUGUGCAGCUAACAGCACUUUGAUAGCACUAGGCGAAGCCAGACGACAAGAGGGUCUGCCUGCAACAGUCGCCAGUUUUGGAGUCAUCAACAGCACUGGGUUUGCAGAGAGAUCCGGUCUUAUCCAAAUGUGGGAGAGAAUGGGCUUGCAAAGCAUUUCACCUCACGAUGCAUUGGAAAUCCUUGGAUGCAUGAUAGAAAAUCAGUUUCCCCAUUUUGGUAUCACUGCCACGUUCGAUAUUCGAAAAUACUGCAGUGCCCACAAGUCGAUGGCAAUACAGCACCUACAGGCCGCUGACACCUGCUUUUCUCGAUUCACAACAUUGAUACCAAAUGACGUGCUCAGCGGGUCAGUAUCCCUUUCUGACAAAGUUCUUGCAACAACCAAAGACAAAGGCCUCGGGACCAUACAGGAAGAGCUGAUUGCUUAUUUAUGCCAACAACUUGGCAUUGAAGACACUACCUCCAUCACCGCCGAAACAAGUCCAGUAUCCCUUGGACUGGACUCUCUCUUGUCCGUGAACAUGAGCAACGAAAUAGCAGACAAAUUUGAGGUGACGGUUACAUCCGUGGAACUUCUGAGUGACAAAAUGACUGUCAAGGUGCUCAGUGAGUCCAUCUAUGACAAGAUGGCUAACCUAGCUGGUAGCCAGGGAACAGAAACUGGAUCCGUCAACCCAGCAGUACCUGCUGAAGGAAACUCGUGGCUUCAUUUCUUUGGCAAACUCCAAGACCCGAUUCAUACCUUGGUCUGCUUCCCUGCAAAUGGUGGAGGUCCCUCACUCUUCCAUCAGUGGGGUGAACAUUUUUCAGAACACAACAUCGAGGUUGUAGCCGCUACUCUGCCGGGAUGGGAAAGCAGAGAAAGGGAGUCUCCUAUCAGCAAUCUACAACAGAUUGUUGAGGCACUUGGUAGUCAAAUCAUGGAGAUACUGAUGGGUGACAAGAUGGCAUUCUAUGGUCACAGCAUGGGUGCGCUCAUAGCAUUUGAGGUUGCACAUUUUAUCCACACUAAAGGCAGGCCAUGUCCGUCGCAUCUGUUUGUUGGAGGAUGGUAUGCUCCAUCUCUGCCAUAUCCACAUCCACAGGAACUGAGGGUAUCACCCACCUUGUUUGAUCCUUUAGCUGGGACACAGCAGGUCAUGGAAGAGGCUAAGGCAUUCUCCUUCCUACCAGAAGCUGUUAUUAACAACCCCGCCCACCUGCGACGUCUGUUACCGUGUCUCCAGGCAGGGAUUGAAAUCUGCAAGUCUUACAUCUGCGCACACAAAGAACCACUCCCAUGCAGGGUUGCUGCAUUUGGCGGCCAGGAUGACCCAUUUGUCUCCCCAGAUCUUCUUGACAACUGGGAGCUUGUUACAUCUGAUUCACCAGCAUCAAGACCAGCUUUCAGGAAGUUGAUUGUUCAGGGUGGGCAUUUCUUCAUCACAACAUCACGACAAGACGUUCUCAACAAACUGACGCAUGUCCUGCAAGAAGACAAUGUAAUCAUUCAACCUUCAUACAAGGGUCGAAGAGAUGCACCAGAAGUGGUCGCCAUGGGAACCAAUCCGUCCUCUGCAAUGGUUCCCGGUGCUCUGUCACUUGUUAAGUCUACACCAGUCAUUCACAAGGCAGCAGCGUAUCUUCGGUACCAAAUAAGACAUCCCACAUUCUACACUAAAAAUCUGUACAUCGUGUUUCGCACACAAAACAUCCCUGCUGAUGUCGACAGCUGGCGGUCCGUCUUUGUACAACUGAUGGACCGCCAUGAGACACUGAGGUCAACUUAUCAUGCAUCAAGCGAUGUUCAGCACCCAAGCGGGGCCGAGGCAAGGUACUACAACACUAUUGCAGGCUUUGAAGUCUUGACUGGAUAUCAAGAGAAGCAGGCUGAAGAAGCAGUGUACCAGAGAACCAAAGUGCCAUUCCAGUUAGACAAGGAGUAUCCAGCACGGUGCAUUGUUGCCCCCACUGGAAAACGGAGUGCUGUGGUUGGACUUGUCUUGCACCAUAUCGCAACAGAUACAACCAGUCUCAAUAUACUAUUCAAGGACUUUGGGGAAAUCAUGCGGGCACAUUUCAAGAAGAAACCUCUUCUGAAGUCACUGGCAACACUGACGUAUUGUGAUUUCAUACAAUACUACUACUCCUACCUUCAGCAGAACCAGAAGGAGCUACAGGAUUUCUGGAGGGCAGCCCUGCCUCCUACUAUUCCAUCCAUUAACCUUCCAUUCGCCAAGCCGAGGCCGUCAACCCUUUGCACAGAAGGUGGCUCCCUCCAGGUGGAUCUGUCCAAGGAACAGGUCCACAGCCUUAAGGAAUAUGCAAAGUCUGUCGGCACCACAGUGUACAGCAUCAUUGCUACCACCUAUCAACUUUUACUGCACAUCUACACAGCCCACGAUGACAUUGUGAUCGCAUGCCCAUUUGACAUGAGGAUGUUAGCUCCACAAUUCUCCAACAUCCAUGGCCUCUGUCAGCAUCACCUGCCAUUGUGUGCCUCCUUCAAGAACAAAGAACAACCCUACCGCCAGAUUAUUCUACAGUCUUUCCACAAGCUUCAAGAGAGCAAGAAACAUGGGAUCUAUCCAAUAGACGAGAUCAUGAAAUUGGUGUCGUACGAGAAACAUCCAACGAUGGAUCCCAUCAUGCAGCAUAUAGUUGUGCAGAAUGACCAAACUGGUCUGAACAAAAUGUCCAAUGAUAAGAUAACCAUACUCAAAAACGAUUAUCAUGAUUAUGCCAAUGACUUUGUCCUCCACUUGUUCCAAGACACCAACACGAAAUCUGUCAACUGUAGCGUCCGAUACGCAAAGUCCUUAUUUGAUGAAGAGGUGGCGCAGUGCAUGGUGAAUGACUAUUUCACUUUGCUUUCCACAUGCCUUAAGAAUCCAGAAUGGAGUGUUUCAAAAAUCAUCAGUACCGUGGAAAUGACAGCCUUAAACAGCAAGCCCGGGGCAGUGUAUUCUAUGAACGAUGAUCAGCUACACCACCAAGAACUUGUCAAUGGAGGACCCAUGCAAGAGGAGACCAUUCAUGGAUAUUUCCAACUCCAAGCAGCAAGGACACCGACAUCUCGCGCAGUCGUCUCCUUCAAUGGAGCUGAUGUCUCGUAUCGAACCCUCGAUGAGCAGUCUGAUCAUCUGGCCUCUGUACUGACGGUCAUGAAGUCCUCCCAGAACAGCAAAGAGAAUGUAGUAGCCAUUUACAUUACAGAAAACAACUACGUGGCACAAGUACUCCUUGGAACAUGGAAGGCUGGUCUAGCCGUGUGUCCCUUGCCUUUGGACGCGACAGAAGACAGCAUUUCUGGCCUGACCGCAACAAGCCACAUCGCGGCGAUCAUCACAGAUCAGAUGAGUGCUGCCACAAAGCUAUUUCCUUCUCAGCUGCAUAACUGCAUACUCAACAUUGACCACAUCUGGGAUGAAGCGAGGGACAACUCCACAGACAGAACCUGCUCAUUACAGGUUUGCAAGUACGCCUUUGUGAUGACCACUACCACUACACCUACAAGGCUCGUCAGGGGCACCCAUGCAGGACUGCUAAACCGACUCAAGUCAACAUGGCAAGAGUUUCCCCACCAGGCCAAUGACAUUUGCUGUCUCAAAUCUCCUCUUGCCGGUCGAGUAGAUGCUAUGUUAGAGCUCUUUGGCCCUCUUCUGCAAGGCGUACCAGUGGUUAUCAUCCCAACGGCUCUCCUCUUUAAGCCUGCUCUACUGUUGGAGUGUAUCUCUGGGUGUAAGAUAACAAGGCUAUCUGGUGUACAUCAGAGAUUCUGGAACACACUACUCCAGGAGCUAAGCAGUACGUCGAGGAGGAAGAGAUGGAAACAGCUGGCGCUCAAGUACGUCUUUACCGAUGCAGGCAGCACCAAAUCAAGCACAUUGACUGAGUUGUCACGGGCACUCCCAUAUGCAACUAUCGUCAGUACGUACAGUACCUUAGAGGUGUACUCUGGCGGGCUGGUCGCCAGUGGGUCAGAGUCAGACCCUUUUAACGAGAGCACGAUCGCGAUGAAACCGAUGAACAACACCAAGAUCACAGUGCUUGUAAGCAGCGAGAACGGACAAGGAACCCUCUGCAUUUCUGUUCCUGAACUAUCAGAUAAUGUUGUGGAUGACUUCCCAGCAUUGACCAUCAUCAAAGAUGGCAUCCCCUACUACAUAACUGAAAGACAGGCGUCCUUGACAGCGUCAGGAAUGGUUCUACUGGCAAAAGAAUGUAAAAAUGGUGACAGCAAGGAGGCCUCAACAGGAUCCAGCAGCCCCGACUCCCACCGGCGGCUGAUCAAAGCCUCCAGUCCAGAUGAGCCACACGAGCUGAACUAUUGGCUCCUGCAGAUGCUACAGAAAGGUACUAUGGUGAGGAAGAUGACAUCCAAAGGCUGGUCCCACAAGAAACUUCUCCAGCUGGUGGUGGAGAAUGACUCGACUGCGAACCUUCUGUGGGGCUCCAACAACAAAUCCAGACAGCUUCCAGUCUCCAGCAUUUCCAGUAUCCAGAGUUCCACAGUGGAAGGAAAACCCAGCCUUCAUUUGAUAAGCGAGGAACGAGACUUCACCUUCCUCUUCAACUCCAACCAGGACCAGGAGAGUUGGAGGCACGCCCUGUGGACCCUCAUCAACACAGCUGCAGAUGGAGAUUCAGAUGAAGACACACGACUUUAGAGAGUUGCCAGUACCCUGGGAGCACCUUUCCACAAGACUGCAGGGGACAAGUCCAGGAGUUGUGACAGCUAUUGGCAACAAAGGCUAGAAAAGGAAAUAUGCAGAAGCACUGUCAUUGCAACAGUAUAGCUAAAGACUGGUUUUGAAUUAUGUAUUGAUUUUUGUGACAACUAUUCCAAACUAAUUUAGUUUAACAGUUGAGUUGUAGCAUUUUUUUACUUGAAAUUUUAUUGAAUGACACAUGUACUCAAUCAAUGCAAUAGCAUACGAUGUAUAGUUACAUACUUGAUGGAUAAUGCAGAUCAGUAAUCAAUCGUUAACUGCUUCAUUAGUAUCCGGUACUAUUUGAAACUACUGUAAAGACAUAUUGGAAUGUGAAUGAUUUUGUGCUAAGCAUCACAUAUGUAACAUUAAUUUGUGUUUAUAAGUUAAUAAGGGUUAGGUUAAUAAGUA